UUUAGUCUUUUUUAUAUAAAUAUUGAAUAUUUGGUUCAAAUCUUGAACUAUGAAACUUUUCUUCUUAAAUAUAUCUUUCAAUUAUAAUAUUAAUUAAACUAUUAAAGUUUGUUUUCUGUACCUUAGCUUCAUGUUAUUAUGUCUUCAUGGGAUUAGCGAGGGAAGGCACACCACACCAUUUUCUCGUCCGUGCCACAAAUAACGUUACUUCAUACUACACCCUUUGUCCGACCAGGUGUUGAUUCUGUUUUUUUUCUUCUUAAAACUUGCUAUGCCUUAAAACGUUAUGUUACUCGUCAUAUAGUUUGAUUUUGUUUGAAAAAUAAAACUAUAGUUAAGCCCAAUUUUUCAAAGAACGGAAAAUAUGUGUGCUUUACCUAUUUUUCGUCCGGAAAUGAUGUUUUUUUAUUUUACUUAUAAAUUGCAACUCAUAGUGAGGUGGGAUUUUUAGGAUUUACAACUAAAAACCUAUGUUCUAUUACUGAAAGAAACAAAUGUCGGACGAGAAAAAUGUGUGGUCGGAAGAAACGAUGGUGAGCGCUAUGUCGAAAAGUAAAGUUUUCAACGUUAUUUGUGGUCGGACGAAAAAAGUUGUGGUGUGCCUUCCCUCCCUCAUGGAAAAAUUGUACUAGAAUUUACGGGAUGUGCGUUAAAUUCUGCGCCUACGUUUCUACCUUGUAUUAUAUGUUAAUUUACUCACAAGUGACGAGUUGGUUUUAAACUUUCCAUUGACUGCAGUACAGGUUUUAUUUACAUAAUUCCUUUCUAAAUAGUUGAAAAAUGUAUAAGCUUUGGUAGAACCAUAUCUUACAUAUUUCAUUUAUUCAUGGCAUAUAAAAACGUUGUGCCAAAUGACGUUUUUUGCUUUUCCGAAAUCCAAAAGAAAUAGUAACGAAAAUUCAAUUGAAUUUAGGAGAGAGAAAUUCUGUUAAUUUGCCGUUUCUUGGGAAAUGAAGUUAAAAUGUAGGCAUACUAUGGGGAUAAUUUUAACAGGCUUGUGGAAGGCAAGACUUGAGUAACUGUUUUAUGGAACAAUAUCUAGGCUGAGCAUAAAAGGGACUAAUUAAAUUCUUUGAAAAUAAUUAUUUAGAGUUCGAGUAGGUUAUGACAAUUCCUUGGUCUGACGUUGCGGCUAGGAAUAACUAAUUGUGAUUAAAUGUUUUCUGCUUCUGAACAUUAUUCAACUUAACGUUUUGUUUGGACGUGUGAAACACAUCAAAAUGAAUUUGGUCAAGACUUAAAUUUAAAAAAUAACAGCUUAAAAUUUUGAAAUUAGUCCUCUGUAGACCAACAUGUACAAUACAUAGUUAAUAAUUUCUUUUGGCCAUUAUUAAAUUUUCAAUGCGAUAAUUACACUCAUUCAUUUUAAAAGAUAAUGAUGGUUUUUUACAGGUUCAUGUUAAAAUUAUCUCAAGGGCAAGAUUUUGCAUGACACCAUUGAAUGUAUUGAAGUGAGAGGGAGGGAAGGCACACCACACCUUUUUUUCGUCCAACCACAAAUUACGUCACAUUUCACCAUUAUUUCGUCCGACCAAACCUUUUUUUUCUCUUAAGCAUUAUUUAAAUCCUUUUUUUAGUACUUAACAUUAUUCACGAUUUAGAGCCACGUCAUGUUUAUGAUGGUUUAAAAUAUUUAUCUUUAAAAAAUAAAUAAAAACAAGAAUUUUCUUGGCUUUUUCGCUGAAUUUGGUGGAAAAUAAAUGAUGUUUUGUUAGCAAGUCUGAUAAGGAGGGUUUUUGUUGUAGAUAAAUAUGGAGAUGUACAAUGUAAAGAUAUUAUCCGGAGAUCCUGAUAAAUUUGAAGUAAAGAUCCUCACAACCAGUUUCAUGUCUGGUAUCCAGGCUCAGCUGGAAGCACUACCGAAGAACAAGGUGGAGAAGGUUCAGCCAGAUGAUCUGGUCAUACUCGAGGCAUUGGAUAGUUUUCAUAGAGCAAAGAUUAUUUCUGUUGCAGACGAUGGUAUUAUUCAAUGCACGCUAAUCGAUCACAGUACAAAUAUUGAGGUUGGAAUUGAUCAAGUUUUUGUCUCGAAUUCUUUGAUCAAUCGUAUUCCUCCACGGAUACUGAUGUGUAGGAUCUUUACAGAGCUAAGGAUUAAAGAUGAGGAUUGGAGACGACUGAUUGAAAGAAAAGAGUUUGAUUGGAAAAUUCAGAUAGUUUCAAAUCACUCUGGAGGAGUGGCUUUAGUAAACCUAUUUAUGUUGGGUCCGGAGAAUACUGGCGAGAAGAGAGAAGUAAAUUUUCACGAUUUAAUGAAGUUUAUUAAUGACCCUGAGUCUGUAAGUGUUGGAUUGUUAACACUGAAGAGACUGAACAAGGAUAAGAUUUACUCCGUGUACCUGGAGGAACAGGAGGAUUCGGAAGAGUUUGUGAAUGUCCAUGUUGUGGAAAAGUUGGAUGGAGAGAUGGAUCUCGAUGUUCUCUACUCAAAAAGUCCAUAUUCUCCUCCUGGACCCGUCUCUCCAGGUUCUCUUAUAAUUGCUCCCCUGGACGGAAACCUACUCAGAGCUAAGGUUAAACGUAUACUGGGACCUGAACUUGAUCUUGUUGUCGAGUUCCUUGACUUUGGAAACCUAGAUAUUGUAUCCUGGUGGAAUUGUCAAAAUAUGUACGAGUAUCUAAACUUUCCUAGACUCUGGUUUACGGUUCAGCUUCCUCCGUAUAUCCUAGGACAGGCUGAGAUUAUUAGAUCUGUAAGUUUUAUACAGGCUCAGUCGGAUUCUAAUUAUCUUUUCUACACGAAUGUUGGAGGAAACCCAGUUCUUAUCGAGGAAACUCAUGGAAAUCUAAGAGAACACAAGAUGGAAAUAAAAGUCGGGUUAAGAGAUAAGGAUGGUUCUGGAGAUCAGGAUAUUUUUCGACCCAAUGUCAAGGAUGAUACUGGAGAUCUACACGGUUCUUGUGAUCAAAAUGGUUCAGAAAAUCAAAAUGGUUCUGCAGGCGAUCAUGAUUGUUUUGAAGAAAGAAAUAGGUCUGACGAUCAUGAUAGUUCCCAAGGCCACCUUUUUAAUCCAUUAAAAACACAAAGAAAAGACGAGAACGACGAGAACAGGAAUAAUGACUUGAUCUCAGAAAUGAAGAAGGAAACAGACUCGGUCCCAGAAGUUAACAGGGAAAAAGACUUAGUCUCAGAAGCAAGCAGGAAUAAGGACUUGGUCUCAGUUAUGAAGAGGGGUAAAGACUUGGUCUCAGAAGUAAUGAGGGGUAAAAUCUUGGUCUCAGAAGUGGACUUUAGGGAUAAGUCAAACUCAGAGAUAGAAAGAAGUAAGAUCUUGAUCGGCAAUGUAAACGGAAACAAAUCUUCUGUUUCUUCUGGGAUUCAGAGCAAGAAAUUUGCCUCCGCUUUGAAAAUGAGCCAAGAUAAGGUCUCCGAUACGAACGGAGAUGAAAUUUCAUCAUUGGAAAGGAAACCCUCCAACCCAGAUCUAACAUCAAAAAAUAUUACUAAUAAUAAAGAUAUUAGCGUCAAGAGUUCCACCUGCACCAAUAUUUUCCAGCGUUUGAAUAAAAGCCCUGAGCCGGAGGAAUCUACCCCUCAAGCAAUAGCGGAAGAUUCAGAAAUGAAUAUUAUUGUCUACAGAGCAUAUCUGUCAGCUCCCAAGAUAUUAGUCAGGAUUUCUGAUUUGCAGAGUUGGGGAGAAAGAAUGUUCGGUCCCAUUCUGCAUGUUCGUGUAUUGAAUGGAUCGAUCUGGAUGGAUUUUAAGGACAAAACUUCACUAGAGAAGUGUGUUUCUAACAAGCAGAGAAGAUUCGGGGGAAGUAUAUUAGAGUUGAAAAGGACUGAAAUAUUUCCUAACGAGCAUUAUAAUCUCAGCAUUUAUGUUACUGACGGAGGUUCAGAGGCCGAGGUUCGAAAGUUCUUUUCAACCUUUGGCGAGGUUAAGUCUGUUAAAUGGUACACCCCAUCCUGCUCCGUGGUUAGUUUUCGAAAGAAGAGUAUAAGAGAUGAGGUUCUACUCCUGGCUAGCGCCUCCACAAACUCUAGUAAAAUGAUGGUUAAAAGGUAUGGAGAUAGGGCUCAACCAACUUCUCCUAGGAAGGGAAAUAAAGAGGAGACUGUACACCUUACUGAUAUAAAGGUUGACCCUGAUAAGGAUCAGAUUAAACCUAGUCCUAAGCAUGAAGUUUUGUCAGUGGAAGAAGAGAAAAUUGACAACAUAGCAAUUGCAGCAAAGUCCGGAACUCUAUCUGUAACUGCAACCCUGGCUGAGAGUCCGGACAGGAUCUGGUUAGUAGAUGAUGACAGGAAGGAUAUGUUUCUAUCCAUGGAUCUGGAAAUACAAUCCUACGCUGCAAGCAGUGCCCCAGAUGAAUCUAUAAUUGCUAUUGGAAACUUUUGUUUAGGUCGGAUUAAAGAGAUAGAUGAUCGUUGGUACCGUUGUUGUAUCCUUGAGAUAAAAACUCAAUCCGUCCUUGUUUUCUCCGUAGAUACAGGUCACACUGUCACUAUACCAGGAGGAAAUGUGAAAAGAUUACCAAGAUCUUUGGCUCUCCUACCACGACAAACAUUCGCAGUCAAGCUACUGAGAAUUAUUCCUGCUGGAACUUCUAACGGUACUUGGACAAGAACUGCAACAAAUCAACUAAACGAAAUCCUUUUCCGUCCUCAUAUCAAGGUGUCCGUUGAUAUCAAGGAUGAACUGGAACCUGGUAUCUACUCUGGGGAUAUAAAAUGUAUGCGGGAUGUUAAAGUCGAUGCGUUUGAGUCUCGUCAGAAGGUUGCAGACCUAGCUGGUUAUCUGAUCAAGAAGGGAGUGGCGUUCAAGAACUGAUAGAACGUCAGAGCUAUUAAAAAAACUUCAUUCGUAGAUUAAGUUGGUAGUAAAACACGUUAACAUAUUAAUUACUUAUGUGGCCGACGGCUUCUUUUGAUCUCUUGUAUUAGUCGUCUUUGUUGAAAAUAAGCCAAGUUUUGCCGCGGCCAGUGCACAGCUGCUUCCAUUUUCCCCAACUUCUACAGAAAUAUUUCAUAUUUGUUCUUCUAAGCCUUCCUCAAAAAUUGCAGCAAUCUAAUUUUUUGAACCCAAAUAAGUCAGUGUUUUCUAAUUUUAUUUUAAAACAACUUCUUUGAAUGAACAAUUUGUAUUUUGAUUGUGAAUAAGAUCAUAUACAUCCCUGCGAACAUGUUAUCUCUGACAAACCGAUGGCGAGUACAUAAAGUCCAGAAAUAUUUACCCGCCAUCUUCGCCAUCGACACAAAUAGUCGUUUAAAAUGUUCCCUGGGUAUACUAGCUGAAGGGCCUGGCGUUGCCGGUCGAAGAAAAAAAUUCGAAUUUUUUGUCCCCCCCCCUUCCCAGGCUA